AUGUAUGAUCUGUUUACUUGUCUCCACCGCAGUGAGCGCUUUGGAGACUUCUUGCCCCGAGGAUCUGGCAUCGUCACCCGACGUCCCCUGGUUCUGCAACUGGUUAAUUCCACCACAGAAUGUCUGGAGUUUCUGCACUGCAAGGGAAAGAAAUUCACCGACUUCGAGGAGGUACGCCUGGAGAUCGAGGCUGAGACCGACCGGGUCACCGGCACCAACAAGGGCAUUUCACCCGUGCCCAUCAACCUGCGAGUCUACUCGCCCCACGUGCUGAACCUGACUCUGGUGGACCUGCCUGGAAUGACCAAGGUCCCAGUGGGGGACCAACCUCCUGACAUCGAGUUCCAGAUCCGCGACAUGCUUAUGCAGUUCGUCACCAAGGAGAACUGUCUUAUCCUGGCUGUGUCUCCUGCCAACUCGGACCUGGCCAACUCCGAUGCCCUCAAGAUCGCCAAGGAGGUGGACCCCCAGGGUCAACGCACCAUUGGGGUCAUCACCAAGUUGGAUCUGAUGGAUGAGGGCACAGAUGCUCGGGAUGUGCUGGAGAAUAAGCUGCUCCCUCUGCGCAGAGGCUACAUUGGUGUGGUGAACCGCAGCCAGAAGGACAUCGAUGGCAAGAAGGACAUCACAGCCGCCUUGGCUGCCGAACGCAAAUUCUUCCUCUCUCACCCGUCCUACCGCCACUUGGCCGACCGCAUGGGUACACCCUACCUGCAGAAGGUCCUCAACCAGCAACUGACCAAUCACAUCCGGGACACACUGCCGGGGCUUCGGAACAAACUGCAGAGCCAGCUGCUGUCCAUUGAGAAGGAGGUGGAAGAGUACAAGAACUUCCGACCCGAUGACCCAGCUCGCAAGACCAAGGCCUUGCUGCAGAUGGUCCAGCAGUUUGCAGUGGACUUCGAGAAACGCAUUGAAGGUUCCGGAGACCAGAUUGACACCUAUGAGCUGUCAGGUGGAGCACGCAUUAACCGGAUCUUCCAUGAACGCUUUCCUUUUGAGCUGGUUAAGAUGGAGUUUGAUGAGAAGGAACUCCGAAGGGAGAUCAGCUAUGCCAUCAAGAACAUUCAUGGGAUCAGGACGGGCCUCUUCACACCUGACCUCGCUUUUGAAGCCACAGUGAAAAAGCAGGUGCAGAAGCUUAAAGAGCCCAGUAUCAAGUGUGUGGACAUGGUAGUCAGUGAACUCACGUCCACCAUCAGAAAGUGUAGCGAAAAGCUCCAGCAAUACCCACGUCUUCGGGAGGAGAUGGAACGUAUUGUGACCACUCACAUCCGGGAACGUGAGGGCCGCACCAAGGAGCAGGUCAUGCUUCUCAUCGAUAUUGAGCUGGCUUACAUGAACACCAACCACGAAGACUUCAUAGGCUUUGCCAAUGCUCAGCAGAGGAGCAACCAGAUGAACAAGAAGAAGACUUCAGGGAACCAGGAUGAGAUUCUGGUUAUUCGAAAGGGGUGGCUGACCAUCAACAACAUCGGUAUCAUGAAAGGAGGCUCCAAGGAGUACUGGUUUGUGCUGACUGCAGAGAACCUGUCCUGGUACAAGGAUGACGAGGAGAAAGAGAAGAAGUACAUGCUGUCUGUGGACAAUCUGAAGCUUCGUGAUGUGGAGAAGGGUUUCAUGUCAAGCAAGCAUAUUUUUGCCCUCUUCAACACAGAGCAGAGGAAUGUCUACAAAGAUUACCGGCAGCUGGAACUGGCCUGUGAGACACAGGAGGAGGUGGACAGCUGGAAGGCUUCCUUCCUGAGGGCUGGCGGGAGAAUGGCUCUGAUAGCUUCAUGCACUCCAUGGACCCUCAGCUGGAGCGGCAGGUGGAGACCAUUCGGAACCUGGUAGACUCGUACAUGGCCAUUGUCAACAAGACUGUGCGGGAUCUCAUGCCUAAGACCAUCAUGCACCUCAUGAUCAACAAUACCAAGGAGUUUAUCUUCUCCGAGCUGCUGGCCAACCUGUACUCUUGCGGGGACCAGAACACACUGAUGGAGGAAUCGGCCGAGCAAGCUCAGCGGCGCGAUGAGAUGCUGCGCAUGUACCACGCACUGAAGGAGGCGCUCAGCAUUAUCGGCGACAUCAACACGACCACCGUCAGCACGCCCAUGCCCCCGCCCAUCCGUGCUGCACGUAUUGGCCGGCAAUGGUGCUGGGCACUGGGAGUCCUGCCUGGCUGGCCACAGGAUCUCUCUGUGAUCUGUCCCAGCUCUUCUGCAGCCAUUGACGCUCACCUUCUGCUUUUCCCCAGCAGGAAGGGCCCAGCCUCACCUACGAGACCUGCAGCCCCCCGGCCAGCGGAGGUUCCCCUCUUAGACUUAUAAGUCUGUGGCCACAGGCAUUGCCUCCCAGCCUCCUCAGGAUCCCCUCAGUGGACUCCUGGGCUUUUUGACCACCUGAGGGGCCUUCAGUGCUCCCUCCAAUCAUCCCCUUUAGCUUUGCUCUCCUGGUUCAAGCACUUCUAGCCUCAUGGCUGUUACAUGGGACUCCCUGAGGCUUGCGGUGGCCCUGGGCCAGUGGGAUGGGAGAAAGAGUGACCAGAGAAGAGGGAGGCCCUAUGGGCACAUUGCCUGGGUGGUGUGUGAGAGGCCGUGUGUGUGGCAAGAGAGGGCCACCCAGCCUCCACCCAGACUACCUGCUAGUUAUGACCCAGCCCCGCCCAUCUUCCCUUUUUCAUUCAUCAACUGUCUGCCUCUUUUCCGGGAACCUUGCCCACAUCCACACCUGCCUCAUCCCCUCUGCCUCUGCUGGGGGUGGCUGCUCUUGCCUUACCAGCUCUCCUUCCUUUUCUCUCUCCGGUUCUCUCUCUGGCUUUCUCUCCAACUGCCAGCCGAUCGGGUCAGGCAAGUCCGUCCCGUCCUGAGAGCCCCAGGCCCCCCUUCGACCUCUAACCAGAUCCCUCCUACUCCUCGGAGACCUCCCUUACCAAGCCUGCCUGGACAGCUGUUCUGUGACUUCACAGUGGCUCCCCCAGCCCCAAAGCGUGUCCCCUUCAUCUGUGACUUAGUCUGUUGUAGUGGUGAGCUGACACAUCCAGAUGUAAUGUUGGUGAAAACUUGUGCCCCUCUGUGGUAUUGCUCCUGCGACAUUCUAUAAAUAUCUAUAAAUAUACCUAUAUGUAUAUACAUAUAUAUGGCUGACACAGCCUAACCUGUAGUAUCAGAAUCAACCAUCAUGCUGUCCUUGUGGAGUCUUGUGGUCCAACUAUAAGUGAACGCUGUCACCCUGACAACCCCCCUCCAAUGUGCCACCUUUAGUGAGUUUCCCUGUCCUCUUGGCCUGUGGGCAGCCAUCCCCUGGGCCAUCCCUAUCCUGCAGCAUGGGGAUGCUGCACUGGCAGCUGUGUGGUUCUGACAGCCACCAAUCUUGCUGUCUCUUGGCUGAGAAUAAAACCCAUUUCUGGAUGACGGGGAA